AUGGGCGACAUAGCCAUAGCUAGCUUUCAGGUGAUGCAGGUUUUCAAUACAUCUGUCAAAAUGACGCCAGGGGACCCGUUGAACGACGGCUUGCUGGGCAAUGAACAGCGUUUCAAGAUAAGUUGGGUGGCGGGUGCGGCUGGGGAUGUGAUAGAGUCGCUAGGGAAGGCGCAGGAUCAGGCUCGAAAGCAUGAUGAGUGGUUCGGUAGAUUCCCAAGUGCAAGGAUGGAUGCAGUCGUUUGGUGA